AUGGCGUCCAUGCGGGAGGCUGCACAACUCUACGGACAAGCUGAGUCCGCGAUACGUGAUGAGCAGUUCCAGGACUGCAUUGCGGCAGCUGAGAAAGCCGUGCAGAUCUUUCAUGGCAUGGGAGCUGAAGGUGCCUCGGGCCUCAUUGAUGCCCUGUACAUCCUGGUCGAUGCUCAUCGGCAGAUGGCAACCACUAUGCAGGAGAAGCCACAAAAUGCUUUGUCCAUUAGCGGACAGUACUUAGAGAAGUUCCGAGUGAGCAAGAAUCGGCGCGGGGAGGCCGCGAUGCUCUUGUCCUUAGCUGAGAUCAACCACGACAAGCGCGGUAGAAAAAAACGACAAGAGGCCCUCGAAACUGCGGCAGAGGCGUUGAGGAUUUUUGUGGAGAUCAACGACAGGAAGUUCGAGGUUCUUACAUUGAUAGUCACAGGAAUGGCACACUACAAGUUCUUCAUGUACGAUGCUAUGUUGGAGGAGGCGCAACGGAGCCUGGACAUAGCAGAGCAGUUGGGUGAUAAAUUCCUGACUGCAAAAGCGCAGAAUCUCACAGGUCUCGCCUUUAGCUCUCAGAGGAAAAUCGAUGAGGCGAUGGAGAGAGGUAGAGCUGCCUUGGCCUUGUGGCGUGAACUCGGAAUGAAGCGACAAGAAGCAAUCCAAACACAUGCCAUGGCUGGCUGGCUGCUCUACAGCCGGUGGCCAAAAAAGGCCUUGGCACUCGCAGAACAGGCACCCAAGGGGGCAACUCAAGGACAGUCUUGGAAAGCAUCAGAAACUGUGCGAUUAUACAAGUGUAAGCGUCUCUGUAGUGAUUCUGCCAGACCUUGCAAACCCUUCGUGAAGUCGGCCCAGCUGGCAUUCCUUCGGGCGCAAAGCACCGCAGAGAGGAAAGCUAUUGCUGUCGGAGUUGCGGUGGCUGCUGCAUGCUGUCUCCAGCGGCACUUGAAUUUUGUGCCUGGGCCUCGGCAUGCUGCUCCAGUGGCCGCAGCAGCAGCCAGCAUGAUGAUGGCUCCUGCGGCUUUUGCUGAUGAGAUCGGCGAUGCUGCAAAGAAGCUUGGGGAUGCUUCCUACUCUUUUGCCAAGGAAGUGGACUGGAACAAUGGCAUUUUCCUGCAGGCCCCUGGCAAGUUUCAGCCCUUGGAAGCUUUGAAAGCCAUUGACAAGAUGAUCGAAAUGGGGGCAGCCGCAGAUCCAAAGCUUCUAAAGGAGGCAGCAGAAGCACAUCACAAGGCCAUCGGGAGCAUCAGCGGGCCAAAUGGUGUGACUUCGCGUGCUGACUGGGAUGCCGUGAAUGCAGCCCUUGGCCGUGUAAUCGCUUCAGUCCCCAAAGCAAAGGUCAUGGCUGUUUACGAUUCAGUGAAAGCCAUCACGGACCCCGGAGUGCCAGCUUACAUGAAGUCCUUGGUGAACGGACCUGAUGCCGAAAAGGCCUACCAAGGAUUCCUGGAAUUCAAGGAUGUUGUUGAAAAGAACCAGGUGGCCACGGCCAGUGCUCCUGCAGUUGUGCCUUCCGGAGACAAAAUUGGUGAAGCUGCAAAAGCGUUGUCCGAUGCAUCCUAUCCUUUCAUCAAGGACAUCGAUUGGCUGUCGGACGUUUACCUGAAGCCGCUGCCCGGCAAGACUGCCCCAGAGACGCUGCAAGCCAUUGACAAGAUGAUCGUGAUGGGCGCCAAGAUGGAUGGCAACCUCUUGAAGGCAGCAGCAGAGGCACACCACAAGGCCAUUGGCAGCAUUGAUGCCACUGGUGUGACGUCCGCGGCCGACUACGAAGCUGUGAAUGCAGCCAUUGGGCGCUUGGUGGCAUCCGUGCCCAAGACUACCGUGAUGGAUGUGUACAAUUCUAUGGCCAAGGUCGUUGAUUCCAGCGUCCCCAACAACAUGUUCUCGAAGGUGAAUCCAUUGGAUGCAGUGGCUGCUGCCAAGGGUUUCUACACCUUCAAAGAUGUUGUGGAGGCUUCCCAGCGCUGAAGGUAAAGACCAUCAGCAUGAAUCGUGAAGAUUCGACGUUGCUUCAACAUGCUUUAACAGAACACUUUUUUAUAAAUGUAUAGAUGUAUAGUCAAUAGUUACAGACAUCUGUGCUAGUUUCUUGACGAGGCCGGAGUCUCUGGAGCAAAUG